AUGAGGUCUUCAAUCAGCAGAGCCAACCUGCCGCGGCAGAUAGCCACCUCUUCAAGGAGAUCAUCCUUGAUCCGAUCUUCCGCCAUUUUACCUUUUCGAUCCACAACUCCUGUACCAUCUCAACUUCAGACGCGUACCUUCUUUGGCCUAUUCAAGAAGAAGGCUACCCCCACAAUAUCCGAAUCUGCACCACCGCUCUUAUCCCAAGAUGACCUUUUCCAUCCAUUGUCUCAAUCACCAUUCCCAGCACUCAGAGAGAAAGCAGAUCGGAUAAAAUCAGUUUCGCUUUGCCCUACCUCAUUUGAGAAACAUCACGAACGAGUGAGACCCGCUUUCGACUGUCCAGAUUGUGGAUGGCCGACACACAAAAAUCAGGAAAGGUGGGAAGAAGGUAAGGAGGAGCAUCGAGAAUAUUGUGGAAGGCUGAAAGAAGUGAAUGAGGAUGAACAUGAUCUAAGGAGUGGUCGAAAGAUGGUGGAAUUUGAAAAUAUGCCAGAGGAACAGCCUUACGAAUCGGCAGUCAACUUUGCUUCUUGGGAUACACUCUUCUUCACCCGAAAUUUCCUUUCGAUAGAUUCCGAUCGAUCCGUCCGACAUGUUUCCAAGAUCCUCACAUACCCCAUGACCAUUGCCGGUGUCUUACAUCAGAACGGACCAUUCACCUCUGGAAAUGGCAGAAUCACCAGAGAAGGUCGAAGGAGUAUGGCAGCUGUCCACUCCAUCCUCCACUUGCCGCCGGGUGCCACUGAAGGUACUGUACCCGAGAAGCCUCAACCUCCCUUCCGACUUUUCCUCCUUGGUGCGCGAGCCGAAUCCACAUUACCACCGCACCUUUGGGCUCAGCUGUGCUGGCUUUUCCCUCGAACCAAUUUCAACAUCUACUUUAUCGGACCUGAAGUUGGUUUACCACUUGUUAGCGCCGAGCAGCGUCAAAAGAAAGAGUACGCUUUCUCAGAAAAUGGCGGAUGGGGUGUACCAAGCUACACGCUCAACUAUAACCAACGUCUCUCACUAACCUCCAUACGGGCACCUUACGAACAGAUUCACGAACAGUUUGGACCUUUUGACCCUUACACCGAUGUAUUCUUUGCUUUCUCACCUGGUUUCGGGUUCCCCCAUCAACCUCUCUUGGAGAAAAUCACAAAAGGUGGUAAAGGUCAAAUAACAUUCGACCGAGCAGAGGAAGUUAACAAGUCAGAAGCUGGAGCCACCGCUGAGGAUGCUGCCAACGCCUAUUCACCAGCAGAGGUAGAUGGAGGUGAAUCAAGAGAUGUCCCUUACGCGCCGCCCGAAACGCUCGUCCAGGCUCAGACAACUUGGAGAAGACCAUUACAACAGAUCUUAGAAACCAAAUGUCCAUUCUUCUUCACUGCUUUCUCACCUUUGGACUUGCAGCGUGACGUUUCAGCUUUGUUCGGUACCAACCCACCUUCAGCUUCAUCCCCUGGUUCACCCGUUCGAGAAUUCCCAGAUUACGUCGCCCUACCUACAGGUCCUAUAGAACCUAUCGAGGGAGUCACAGAUGAAUUUGAAUUGGUUUUGACACCUGGUGUCAAUCCUUUCGGAAGCUUGAAAUGGGAGAUUGCAGAAUGGGAUGUCAGAGUCGGUGUGAAGACGAAUUGGGGUACUUGGGGUAUAAGAGGAAAGAAAUACGAUGUUGUCAACGGGAGAGAUAGGGCUUAG